AUGGGCCAGAGACACAACCGUCGCCGCACAAGACCGCGAUCCCGCAAUCGUGACAAUUCGCUUCGUGAUCAACAACUGUCCGACGAUGACUUCUCGCCCGUUGCCUCCCCUACUCUCGCUCCAGUCCACGCUAUGCCGCUCAUCACCAACCCCGCCGCCCCUUCCCGGCACAUAGGCGUUGAAGAUUGGUCGGUUUCGCAGCAUACAGUGCGUUCCAGAGCGAAUGGGGUCAAGACAGAGGAGUACCGCGUGUUCGGCGGUGUGCCGGGCGAUGACCCAAGUCUGUGCUACAAUAUGCUCGAAUAUUUCGGUCACCUCGACUAUAUCAACACAUGA